AACAGUUUAAGUUUUUUAUUCAAGAAAGAAAACCAGAGGAGUUCAUAUUUAAAGCAAUACCACACCACAAAAAAAAAAAAACAAAAUAAAUAAAAUGUCGCCAAAGUUGUCUUUAUUGCUUACAAGGCUUGCAUUCCUUGUGAUAAUUCAUGGCACCGUUGGCAGACCAACGCCUAAAGCAGAUGCACCCAAAGAUAUGAUCAACAAAUUGCAGAGUAUCUUUAAAGUUGGCGAAGGCAUUAUGGUAUACAAUACAGGAAUCGCCAGAGAAGAACUUGAGGAUGACGAAAUCGUUUGCGCCGAACGUCGAGCUGGAAAGUCAUAUUGCAAGGAGGUUGAAAACUAUAUGGAGGCGACGCGGCUUGAUAAAAUUGACCCAGAACAGUUUGCUAAAUUCAAAGAAUAUUUCAUAGAUGAUUUGGCACAAACACAGUUGGUGGCAACUCGCAUGGAUUUUGGAAAGUCACUAUGCAAUAGUAAGACAAACAUUAUAUAUCCGGAGAGUGCUGAGUCAGAGGAUUCGAAAUGGUUGCUGAUAGUGCAGCAUGCACAACACAAGCAAGGUGUUUUGGUAGAGGAGUGCGAAAAUGUGGACCAACCUUGCGAGGAGAAUAGUACUUUGCCGCUGGAGGAUUUGCCGAAAUGUAAACAAAAUUUCAGCUAUCGCAAGUUGGUUGUGUUGGUGAAUGGCGAGAUGAAGGAGGAAAUGGUUAAAUUGCCAACUACUUGCGAGUGUAGAAUGUGCUCCACAUAAAGAUAUAUUUUGUGCAGUUCUAGAAUGUAAUAAUAUUUAAUUCAUUUAAUUUAGAAUAGUGCCGUGACAUUUUACGUAAACUAUAUAAAUGUUAAAAUUUUAGCUUGUAUAAUGAUAUAAUUAUAAUUUUAAAACCUUGUAAGCGGUGUUUAGCGCCAGUAAAGAAGAAAAAUGAUAUUGUUUUUGAGAAUUUGUAAAAAGAGAUUUAAGAUAUAAAAAAUUAGUUAGUACGCUGGGAUACAUGGUGUUUCAAUAUUACUUUCCGUAUUAAAA